AGGAGGGGAGCUAGAAUGAAGGACAAAGAGUGAGGACUUUUCCCCCACUUAAUUUUUGAAGUUCAUCUGGCUCUCAUUAUUUGGCAACACUAGGAUACACAGAGGAUCAGAGCAAUAGAGUUACAGCUGGGAGAACUUGAAGCAACAGAAAGAAACAUGCCCAGUUUGGAGCAGCGGAAGGUGCGUUCGCGAGAUGCGGCACGCUGUAGGAGGAGUCAGGAGACUGAGGUGUUCUACGAGCUGGCCCACUCUCUACCUCUCCCACGACGGGUCGCCUCCCACCUUGACAAAGCUGCCAUCAUGAGGGUGACACUCAGCUAUCUGCGCAUGAACAGCCUGAUCCAAUCCGCAGGUUCUACCAAAACACAAUCUCAUGAGGAGAACGAAGAUCCCACUGAUAGGUUUUAUCAGCAGGCAUUGGCUGGUUUCGUCAUGGUGAUGACAGAGGAAGGGGACAUGGUUUUCCUUUCAGAGAGCGUUGGCAAAUAUAUUGGCAUAACACAGCUGGAGCUGCUUGGACAGAGUGUGUAUGAGUUUGUUCAUCCCUGUGAUCAAGAAGAAUUGCGAGACAUCCUCACCACCAGACCAGGACUUUCAAAGAAAAAGACGGAAAAGUUGACCGAACACAAUUUCUUUCUUCGUAUGAAGAGCACUCUCAUGCACACAGGAAGGACCGUUAAUAUGAAGUCCGCCACCUGGAAGGUCCUUCAUUGCACUGGGCAUAUACAGACUCUCAGCAGUGAGGAUGAAAGUUUGACCCCUGGUGGUAGCUUCCUGACAUUGCUGUGCGAGCCCAUUCCCCACCCCUCCAGUGUUGAGUUCCCGCUAGAUAGCAGCACAUUCCUCACACGCCAUAACCUUGACCUGACUUACACACAGUGUGACGGACGAGUCACUGAGCUUGUUGGAUACAAACCAGAUGAUCUGAUUGGCCGGUCAGCCUAUGAAUUGUACCAUGCUCUUGAUUUUGAUCAUGUGACCAGGAGUUUGCACAUCUUGUUCUCCAAAGGUCAGGUGUGCACCAGUCAAUACCGCUUCCUGGCUAAGAAUGGAGGCUAUGUCUGGACUGAGACCCAAGCCACCAUUCUCUAUAACAGCAAGACCUCUCAACCUGAAGCUGUGGUCUGCCUCAACUUUAUCCUCAGUGGGGUGGAACAGGCAGAUGUGGUGUUCUCAUUAGAACAGACUAAUGAUAAACCAGUGCCUAAAGCUGUCAAGCUGAACCUGCUUGAAGAGGAGGACUCGGACAUGGAGGUGAGCAGCACUGCUAAGCUCUUCCUACAGAUGAAGGAGAAUCCCGAGGAAUUACUGCAGCUGGCACCCCACUCUGGCGACACCAUCAUUUCUCUGACAGAUGGUGUGGAUUUGUCAUUCUGCCGUCCACCAAGUCCCAACGGUGUCCCAGAAUGCCCUCAGGACCUCUGUACACCUGAACUCCGCCAGCUCCUUUCUCCAAUAUUCGACAAACCUUCCAAUUCCCCUGCGAGUCCAGCUGAAGAGCUGCCUAUGGAGAUGGAUGUGGUGGAGAAGUUCUUCGCCCUCAAACCUGAGGAGAGCGUAACGCUGAAAGCCCAAACAGAGAAUAUGGAUGAGCUUGAUCUGGACAUGCUGGCUCCAUAUAUCUCCAUGGAUGAUGACUUCCAGUUGACCUUCCUACCCCAGUGUCCUGAGACAGUUACAUCUUCUCCAGAAAUGCUAAACAACACUUCAAGGAAACGAUGUUUAGAAGAUGAGGAAGACAAUGACAUUCCUGCUCUGGCUGCCAAAUUGGAGAAAAGAGAGAUGAGCAGCUCCAUAGAGGAAAGGCGUCUGCUCAGCCACAGCUUACUGAAUGGCCUGGCCGAUAAUGAUGGUACAGAAGAUUUCGAGCCGCCACCUCAAAAGCGAAGUCAGCUUUUGACUGACAGAGACCCUCUGCUGGGGGGGGUGCAGGCUUUGUGUGAUACGGCAGCCACCUGAUUUAUUGAGGCCAAUUGCUGAGACCAUGUCAACCCUUACUUGAGGAGAUGACACAGUUGACCACACAGCUUUCAGUGAAUAUAGUGACCGGUUACAUGGAGGAUUAUGAAUAAUCCACUUCCUCUUCACACUCAACAUGUAUCAGUAUUACAUAGUGAUUCACACUCAACACACAGGAGGAUAAUUGGCCUAAAAAUUCUGUGUUCUAUAUUCUAAUGUUUUCUUUUCUUAAGUGAUACUCCAGCAAAAAUUGUAACCAAAAUAGACCCUAGUUUGUAGACCUAGUAGAAUUAGUCAAAUAAAACCAUUGGUAUGGGCUCUCCCCCAUCCUCGGCUGAGAACUUGAUUUUAGAAUUGACAGUUAGUUGUUAGAAACAUUUCUUAAAGUCUUUGCGGUUGGGUUUGAAUUCGUCCAAAGCACAAAUACGGCCAAAAGGGUUUAAAACCGAAGAUAAACUGAUCAGGAUAUGUCGGGAAUAGUGUUAACACAUUGUACCACAUUUAAUGGUAAUCUCACUGUAAAACUGUACAUUUUUCUAAAAGAGGCUGUAUUUUAUGAAACAAUGAUCUACUUCACCAACCUAUUUCUUGCAACAAAAAAGGGUGGUUCUGUCUAUGUUAGAAUCAUGGGUUAGAGCAGAAAAGGGCUUACUAUAAGUGGAUGUAAUCAUGCUCUUGAAUUAAAAGAUAAUUCAUUGAGGCCAUACGUGACAAACGCAACAAAUACUCUCAGUGACAUCUUUUUAUAAAGGAUUUUAUAUACUUUACAAUUACGACUUGUAAGUGUAUCUAUACUUGUGCGUCUUUUGGUGUUCAACUACAAAUCCUUAUGUUUUCUGUCCUUGUGUCACUUUGAAACUGUCAUAAUUACAUCUGUAAUGGCUUUCAAAGAGACUGUGUUGCUGAUACUGCAGUUAUAUUGACAGAAAGCCUUAUCUGUUGUCUUUUGAACCCUACGUUGACUUGUUAACAAGACAGAUGUAUUGAUCAGAUGAUUGAAAGAGUUUUGCAGUAAGUGAUAAUCUUUGCUCUCUAAAUUUUAAUCUGGAUCUGUUCAAGAUCAUCUGAUACACAGUAGGAAUAUUAUUUUUAAAUGGUGGCAUAAAGGAUUAGUUGUGGUGCUUUUUUCAGUUGACUGUGAAUCAGAAAUGUUCCCCUAAUUUCUGUAUGCUGUACAGAUGUGAUUCAAGGGGCCUUUUUGAAAUGGUGGCAUAUAAAGACACCUGCCUUUCUCAAAUGUAUAACAGUUCUUCAAAUACUCCAUAGACUUUGUGUAUAUAACCUUCUGUAUUUUUGCAUUUAUUUCCUAUGUACCUUUACCUUGUAUUGACUGAUAAAGAAAUAAAACAUUUUAAACACA